CUCAGUCUGGAGAGGGCCAUGUCCGUCUAAAAUCUAGAGGCACAUGCCGCCUCAACGAAAAGGGCCAUGUCCAUCUAGAAAUUGAGGAGCACAUGCCGCCCUGCGACCAAUACCGAAUGACUGAAAAAUAAACUAAGUCUGGAAGAGGUACAUGCCGCUUCAAGGAGAAUCAUGUGCCACUUCAACGAGAGGUCCAUGCUGCUUCACGAGAAGGGGCAUGGACGCGAGACAAGAUGAGACGUCCAUGCCACUUCACGAGAAGGGGCAUGGACGCAAGAAAAGAUACUAAGUAUGAGAGGGCCAUGCUGUGUCACGAGAAGGGCCACAGACAUGACUGAGAAGUCCAUGGCCGGGAAUGAGGGGGCCAUGUCGCUUCAUGAUCCAAAAUAUACUAAGUCUGAGAAGGCCAUGCCGCCUCACGAGAAGGGUCAUGUGCAUGAUUAAGAGGUCCAUGGCCGUGUCAUGUGAUGGCCAUGGACGCGAAGCAAGAAGCAUUAGAAAUUAUUGAAAAUACUAAGUAUGGAAAUUAAAGGCCAUGCCGCCUCAUGAGAGGGGCCUUGUGCAUGAUUGAGAAGUCCAUGCCACUUCACAAGAAUGGCCAUGGACACAAAUAAAAAGGGUGUGGUGAUGGAGCAUUAUAUCACUAGUGAAUAUGUCUCAAGAGGUCCAUGACCGUUAGACAAGAAGGCCAUGGACAUGAGUAAGAAGUUCAUGGCUGUAAGACAAGAAGGCCAUGUACAUGAGUAAGAAGUCCAUGGCCGCGAGGCAAGAAGACCACAACCCCCUUUGUGAGACACCACAUGCUUAUCAAAAGACUAGCAUGACACGAGAUUCAGAACAAGACCAGGCGAGGCAAGCUACACUCCAAGACCCACGACGGUUACAAGAGAGGGCCCUAGGCGGUUGAAGGAGUAACCACCACUCCGAGGAAGCAGGGAGCGGUUCUUUUUGGGAGUUAUCCAAGAGGCGGUUUUUUACCGAAGAAGGGGGAGCGGUUCUUUGUAGCAGUUAUCCAACAAUCGAUUUUCUAUGGCGGUUACCUCCUCGUGGCUAUAAAUAAGAGGAGGGGUCGACAAAGACAAGAAGAGUUCCAAAACCAACACUCUGACACACAUGUCAAUUUUAUCCUUUACCUUUUCUCUAUCAUGUAGCCAUAGAUGUAGUUUGUAGUUUGGAGCUCUCGCCAAACCUCCAUAGAAGUAGAAGUAAUUUAAUUUAGAUCUCGUUCCCAAAAACCAUCAAUCAAACACCCUCGUUCGAACUUUGUUUGAAGAGGUUUGAGCCGUGUCUAAGAAAUUGUUGUCCAUAGAAGUCAAAGGUGCAAUCCAUCUCAAUUCAACGCAAGUUUUCUCGCCGGAAAACAAAUUUGGCACACCCGGUGGGACAUUGUGUAUGAUAUGAUGGCUCCAGGACAUAGACAACAAGAUGAAGAUCUUUUACAAGUCUUUGUAGAAGAGGAUCAAGUGACUAGCUUCAAAAUUGGUCGAGUGGAUAUUGUUGCCGGAAAAAAUGGCGGGAUGAAGGCUCUGCCAGCACCGAUGACAAGUUUGGAUGAAGCAGCUUCCAUCAUUUUGCUCCAUCAAUCCAUUGAGGAGGGUAUGGUUGACCCCAACAGGUAAACCAACGUUUAACUUCUCAUAUUAAGCGCCAUGCUUCUCUUAUUGAACGUAUUGAUUCUCUCAUUGAACGUCAUGAUUCUCUCAUUGAGCGUCGUGAUUCUCUCAUUUCUUGGAUUGAUACAUGUCUAUAUAAUUGGUUUGGCAACUUGUGCAAGACUCAAAGCCAUUUUUAUGAGUCUAGACAUGUCUCGGACAUAUCUGUGGUUCAAUCAAGGACUUCGCCAAUAAAUAGCAAAGAUCCACCACUAAACAGUGUUACAUGGUGUAAGAAUCUUUCUUCCACUGGUUUCAAAAUGGUCGAUCAUGGAAAGAAACAUCACCGACAUCGGUAACAAGCCAAUUGCCAUCUCAACAUGGGAGUUGUGGCCAAAAUUUGGCUUUCACGUUCACGACCCAUGAUUGUGACUUGUCUGUACAAUAUGGAGUUCAACCGCCCAUGCUAUAUAGAAGAACCCAUGUGGAUGACGUAGGUGGUGGCGUUUCAUCCAAAAUGGAUCAAGUACCAUGAUUUGCUCACCCACCCCCAAUGCCACCCCCAGUGAGUAGGCAACGAAUGGAUUAUGAAGAACUCAAACCAUCUAGAGCCCAUCAUGGGGGAAUGGAAGUCUAACAUCCCACAAGAUGAAAUUGAGAAGUCCACCUAGGCGGAAUGUGGUACCUAAGAAUCUACAUGAAGUCCAAGCCACACAUGCUUGUGAUAAACAUACUAAUAUGGCUAAGUAUGGACAUGACGGCAUGCCACCAACCACAGAAAGUGGACAUGGAGGUGUAUAUAAUAAGACACGAUGUGAUAAAGCCACAAAAAUUUAUUGUAGAUGUGAAAAUUUAGCUAAUUAUGGACAAGGCAUGUCCAGGAAGCCACGUGAAAUCCAAGCCACACAUGCAUAUGAUAAGCAUGUUAGUCUGGCUAAACCCGGACAUGGGGGCAUGUCACCCAUCCUGAAGUAUGAAGUAGGGGGCAUGUGUUGGAAGACACAACAACUCCAAGCCACCCAUGGCUUUUAUAAGUGUAAAACUAUGGUUAAGUCUGGACAAGAGGGCAUGCCACCAAUCAUCAACAGUGGACAUGAGGUCAAGUCCAACAAGAAAAGAUGUGGGAAAGCCAAAAAGAGUUCUCGUAGUCUUGAAAAUUUAGCUAAGUAUGGGAAAGGAGGCAUAUCACCCACCAUAAAUAAUGGAGUAGGGGGCAUGUCCAAGAAGCUAAAAGAAUUCCAGCCUACACAUGCUUGUGAUAAGUACACAAGUUUGGCUAAGUGUGGACAGGGGGGGAAGUCCAUGUUUAUGAGUAGUAAGUACAUGCCAUCAAUCAUGAAUGAUGGACAUAGGGGCAUGUAUAAGAAGGCACCAUACGCACAAACCAAACAUGACCUCACAAAGAACCAAGGAUGGAUGUGUGCUAAGUGUAUGGGCCAACAAGGUUUGGAUGUUGAAAGACGAAGUUAAGUGGGCCACAUGGGUGGUCGCCGACUUGUCAAAACUGGACAUCGUCUCCCACAACAUGAGGAGAGUAAGCAUGUCUCAAUCGAGAGGCAUCCAAGGCAGAGGAAAACUCAUGGUUGUCUUGACAUGUCAAGUAAGGUGGCCAAAACACAGGAGCAUGGGACCCCAUGUAAGGCCACCAAGGCUAGACAUACUGAUCAUAUACCACCCACUGGAUAGCUAGAAGAUUCAAAAUUAAUGUAUGGAGAAUCAUGUUCCAUAGAGGAAAAGAGGCAUAUGGUAUAUGGAUAGCUUGUAUGUUUUAAUCCAUGGACCUGGCAGUGAGUAUACACCUUUGGCGCAUUAGUUUUUGCCAGAGGCGAUGGAGAACAGUGACGUUUGUCACUCCUUGUUAUCUUAAAUAAAUAAAUAAAUAUCAU